CACAGAAUGCCAUGGCUGAUGGAUUGCCCGUGCUGCCUGUGUGGUUCAGAUGCAGUGGCUGCUAGGUGCAGCGCAAGCUGUCAAGGAAGUAGUACCCCGAGGAACCUUCGAGGUGGCUGGCCGAAGGAUCCAACAGCAGAAGCUACUGGCUGAUGGUGGUUUUGCCUAUGUCUAUUCUGGCCUCGACGCAGACAGUGGGGAGCGGCUGGCCAUUCGAAGAGUUCUGUUGCAGGACCAGGAGGCGAUCGCCAAAGCCAAGGUUGAAAUUGAUCUGCUUGGAAGCCUCUGCGACCAUCCGCACAUUGUGCACUUUCAAGGCGCGCAGAUCUUCGCGCGAGGUGCAGGAUCUUCUGAGGCAGUGUACAUCUUUGAACUGUGUCCUGGCGGUACACUCCUGUCCCAUCUAGAGACUGCUGUGGAGUCCAGAGCGAGGAAGGACGUGCCGUACUGUUGCCCUUGCCUUGAGGAGAAAGAUAUUCUGGAGGUCUUAGGAGCAACAGCACAAGCACUGGUGUACCUCACCCGCCUGGGCAUGAUUCACUACGAUGUCAAGAGUGAGAAUUUGCUUUUGGGCAACGACGGUCUUUGGAAACUGGGAGACUUUGGCUCCGCUUCAGAGCGUACCUUCGACUUGGAGGGUGCUGAUAAGAAGGCUCUUCUCGAAGCCCAAGAAUUUAUCCAUGGCCGUUGCACGCCCAUGUACCGUGCCCCCGAAGUGGCGGAUGUGUAUCUUCGUUGGAAGAUUGGCCCCAAAGUGGACAUUUUCGCCUUAGGCUGCAUCCUUUUUGCAAUGAUGACAGGACAACACCCAUUUCCGAUGGAGUCAACCUGUGGGAACAUCACUGCGAGCUAUCGACUUCCAGCCGAAGCAAGGGAGAGCUAUUCACAGGCAGUGCUGUUUUGGCUCCAGACCCUUCUGGCUCGGCAACCGUCGGAGCGCCCGACCGCCGCAAAGCUGGCGCAUGACGUGGAGCGCUAUCGACUCCUGGGCGAGGAACCUCAAGAAGCUGUUCCAACCCAAGUGCCUGCGACAGCAGCAGUGCCGGCAGCGCAGCCGGCGGAGGGCGCGUGGCAAGCAGACUUCGCUGCCUUUGCGCCCCUUCCAGAGGAGCCCAAACCAGGCCGGGGCGGCGAAGAGGCGAAAAGUCUUGGUGAGGGCUCAGAGUCACAAAAAUGAGCCACUUUGAUGCGCCAGUUUUCAAAAAUGUUCAUGUCAUGUGGACAUUUGAAG